CCUGAACCAUUAUGGAUGUUAUACCUUGCAUCAGAAGUAUAGCACCAACACCUUAUUAGCUCUCUGCUGAGCCCAAAGUGUCACUGAGCCCAACUCUCCCUGAUGCAGUGUGUGGUUUGAGAUAAAUGAUAUAACAAUAAACUCAAGGUGGUUGAGUCUCAAGCACUAGGGAGUCGGAAGCAAGCCAAGGGAGCGUCUCUUUCUGCAGGAGACUCGGGCGCUCCAUACCCACUGAUCCUGCGGGACACGCUGAGGACACCGGGACUGUACUCGCAGUGUUGGGUUUUGAUGCACUCUGUUUUGUGGAUAUCUGUUCAUCUCUCAAAGAGUAGACUGGGGAGACCGAGAACAAUAGGGCAGGGAAACUAGUGGGAAGACUGGCAGGGAAAGAUAUCUGGUCAGUUAUUUUCUAUCAUAAUUGAUGAAAAUGUUAGUGAUGGCUGGGGGAUUUAUUUUUCAGAUUAUUUUAAGGGAAACUGCCUUAAUGCAUGCAGUGGGGGUGCUUAUACAUGGAUGAUCUAGUUUUGUCUCCCCUCUGCUAUUCUCAGUUUCAGGUUUCAAUUACCUAACUAAUGGGGUGGCGAUAAAGAUUUUGAAUUGCACAAUUUUAUCACAGCCUCAAGUCAUCAGAACAAAGUUUGUUUCCAUGAAGCAGUCUGUGUUGGGGCACAAGGGUCAUACUGUAGCUAUUGUUUUGUUAUGAAGAUGGCUGCUAUUAUUUAGCAGGCAGGUGUAGCUUAGUAAGGAAACAAGGGGGGGCAGUCGCCUGAGCGAGACCCCCCCCCCCCUCCUUUUACUCUUGUGAGUUCUCCCUCCGUGUUAAAUUGGUGUGUUGUCUUUCUCUCCCUUGGUGUGUGUGUUGCAGCACCCGGACAGUAAGAUGAUGCAGAUCAACCUGACGGGCUUCCUGAAUGGGAAGAAUGCCAGAGAGUUCAUGAGGGACCUGUGGCCUCUGCUGCUCAGCGCUCAGGACAACAUCGCCGGUAUCCCCUCCGCCUUCCUAGAGCAGAAGAAAGAGGAGAUCAAACAGAGACAGAUUGAGCAAGAGAAGCUCGCCUCUCUGAAGAAGAUUGAUGAUGAGAAGAAGGAAAAGGAAAACAAAGAAAACAGAGAAAGGGAGAGCCCCAGAAGGAGGAAGUCAAGGUCACAGUCUCCACGGAGACGAUCUCCAGUGAAGAGGGAGAGGAAGCGCAGUCACUCCCGCUCACCGAGGCGUAAGCCAAGUCCCAGCAGCUCCCCUCCACCACCAGCCCCAGCUGUCACCCUUGUCAGUGUUACCCUGCCCCAGAGCACUGAGGAGCCCCAGCCUGAGCCAGACACCUCAGAGAGCACCAUACCUGAGCCAGUCAUUCAGGAGGCCUCCUCCACCAGUGAUGUGGUGAAGCUGGACACUGUGGUUGUGGUACCUGACUCUGUGACUGAGGUCAAAGAACCCUCCCCAGAUAAGGCUCCUAAAAAGGAGAGGCCCAAGCCCAGGGAAAGGGAGAAGGACAGCAGGAGAGACAGGCCCCACCACCGAUCUCGCUCCCAUUCCCGCUCCCGCAGACGACCCAGAUCACGCUCCAGAUCUUACUCCCCCCGGCGGAGGCCGAGCCCCAGGAGACGGUUGUCCCCUCGUCGUAGGAGCCCCCCCAGACGUGGCCCCCCAGGCCCCAGACACAGGCGCAGUCGCUCCCCUGUCCGCAGACGGCGCUCUCGCUCCCCAUCAUCCUCUGGGAGCAGCUCUACGUCUCAUUCACCUCAUAAGAAGGCAAUGAAGAGAACGUCAACCACACCACCCAGGAAACAGCCCCGCGGCCAUGCAGCUGACCCCUCCCUCAGCCCCUCCAGGAGAAGAGCCCCUAAUGGCAGCCCCUCUGGGAAGACACAACGCUCUGCCUCCCCGCGGGCCAGAAAGGGCCGGGCCUCCGCCUCCCCAUCCAGAUCAGCUGGUUCAAAGAAGAAACCAGGAACGCGAAACAAUUCACCGUCUCCUGUCCCGAAACCCAGGCAGUCUGAGGCAUCAGAGUCAGAGGGGGCUACAGCCGAUUCUGUGCAGCAGCGACGUCAGUAUCGCAGGCAGAAUCGGGAAACGUCUUCAGAGGCUGGAUCAUCAUCAUCCUCAGAAGGUGAGGGGUCCAAGAGGCCGGGUGGGGGGCCAGUGGCGAGGAACGGGGAUGUCAGGCGGCGGCGCAGUCACUCGCCCUCCCCCAGGAGACGACACCGGGACGGCUCCCCCAGAAAAAGACGCUCUCCUUCCCCCGGAGGACGCAGAUCUCCCCCAAGACGUCGCAGAUCUCCCUCUCCUCCUAGGCGCAGGUCUCCCUCUCCACCACCUCGCAGACGCUCCCCCUCCCCCAGACGGUACUCUCCCCCCAUCCAGCGGCGAUACAGCCCCACUCCCCUGGGCCCACAGAAAAGAAGGCUAUCAGGGUCUCCCUCUCCCAAACGCCUAUCCCCGGUGCCCAAGCGCCGUCCCUCCAGGUCCCCUAAGCGCAGGAGUCCCCCUCCCCAAAAGAGACGCACACCUCCCUCAUCCACCUCUCCCCCCAGACACAAGAGAAGCCCCAUGCUCCCAUCCAACCGACCAGGCCGGGACACUCGCUCCCCCCCCCCUGCUCACAGUAACCGCUUGUCCCCUUCCCCUGCCAACCGUGGCCGAACCAGUCCUCAGGGGCGCUUUGACACCUCUCCACCUGGCCAGAGGCCCCCCUCACACGGCAACAGGGCAAUCCGCAGGGUGUCCCGGACACCAGAGCCCCGCAAGAACCAGAGAGCCUCUCAGAGCCCCCAGCCGAUGAGGAGAGUGUCAUCAAGGUCACCGUCUGGUUCCCCUAAACCAGGAGCCCUGAAGCGGCCAGCUUCAGGCUCCCCCUCUCCAGGCCACUCAGCCAGUGGAUCCCCACCUGCACCCCCGGCUAAAAAGGCCAGCAGUGGCUCUGGCAGCCCUUCUCCAAACAAGAAUUCUGACACUGAGCCUGGAGGAAAGAAAAACAAGAAGAAGAAGAAGGAAAAGAAACACAAGAAGGAGAAGAAGCAUAAGAAGCACAAGAAACACAAGAAGGAGAAGUGUGAUGUGCCGGUUGCUGCUGGGGAUGACCAGGAGAACCAGGGGAUGGAGGGGGAUGCAGACUCCAACCCAAAAAAGGAAUCAGACAGUGAAGUAGAAGAGUGUCUGGACGACCUGGAGAAGCACCUGAGAGAGAAGGCACUGCGUUCCAUGAGGAAAGCUGGAAAGCUGUCCCCUCCACUGUCCUGAGAAGCCCGGUCACUCCCCUCCCUCUUUCUCCUCCCUUUUUCUCCUUUCCUGAUUUUCCUUUCCCUUUGUUUAGAAUUUUUCGUUAACCUUGUUCAGCUUUAGAAUGUACAAAUUGUUUAUUCUUUAGUUUUUGUUUUCUUUUUACGGGUUUGGUAAUCUAUUGAAAUAUAUUUUUUAUCAAGAGCUUGAUAUGUCACGCGAGAUCUCCCAAUUAAUAUUAUUUUCUAAUUGUGUGUUAUUGCUUAUAUCCAAACUGUAAAACUAUCUUUGUUGGACCCCUUAAUUUUCAAGAUAAGAUCAGGGAUGGGAACGGUUUAAUUAUGAUGCUUGCAUUGUACAAGUUUCUCAUACUACGACAUGCAAAAGAUUUGACUUUGGGAAUUUAGGAUUGCAUGUGCAGCUAGCGUGACUCUGCUCUGAUGUGCAUGAAAUGGACUGUAAACAAAAGCAAAUACACAGAUCAAAGCUGUCACUUUUCCCUUUUGUCAGCAGGCAUUGUAUCGUAUUGCUAUGCUGUUUGCUCUCUAAAAUGGGGAAUGAAUCCAAACAGUCUUUUUCCCUUUUUUGUUAUGUAAUAGAGGUGUUUGGCCUUCCAGAAAAUUCUGGCUUUGAAAAAGUCUACACAAGUUUAAAAAGAACUGGAUUUUUCAUGAGGAUUCUGACCUCACCAGAGAGCCGGGGUUUGAUUUCCCACAUGGGUUGAUAUGCAGUCAUACUUUGAGUUCACACUGGUCCACUCUUUUGCUUUGAUCUAUCCAUUUUUGUGGGACUGCUAUUUGACUUGUAUUUAAAAACUCCUGCUCUUGUCAUCCUUUCAGAAUUAAAAGAUUUUUUUAUAUUAAAA